UUUCAGUGUUCAUUAUUUAAAAAACGACGCGUGUGGAGAUGCAUUCCCUGCAACAAGAAAAGUCGGGGUUACAAGCAGGAGGAGUAUGGCUUAAGCCAGAUAUUACUUCUGACAUCUCCAACAUCCCCAGCCUAAAGAUCCCUGCAAAAUACAGCAAGCGUCCAUAUGAGGGCAACGGCACAUAUCCUGCAAUGAAGACCGCUAGGGUAGACUCAGAUCUAAGUGGCGACCAUUCCCCAAGUGCAUUUCGGAACGCACGAACAUCAUCAGCACAUGACGCAGAUGAUUAUAGAGAGAAAUCAAAACAGGAGGAUAGAAGCCUCCUCGCGCAUGGAAGAGAUUCUAAGAACUCUCUCGACUCUCGCUCUUCUAUUCCGAUGGCUUCUGAGUCUUGGAGGACUCCUGCGAAGCCUCCACAUCCGGAGAAGCCCGAAGCUCCUUCAAGGGAAUGGUCAGAUGAUUUUGCUCACAGUCGAAUGCUGUCUGCUAGAGAUCGCUACGAAUCUGACAGACUGGAAUGGGAAAGAAGAAGAGACGAACUAUCUACCAAAGAAUUAGCUGCUCAUCAUACGCGUUCGAGCUACGUUGGCUCACAACAAGGCAGAGCUGCUGAAGAUCGAAUCGCGCUGGAAAAGUCGCAGUCUAUGAAGCCGGUACCGGAAGCUGAUCGCGUUCCUAAGAAGGGGACCUACGACACUCUUAUGAAAGUGGUUAUGGGAUCCAUUGGUCCUAAAUUUCGUGCAGAUGACGGAGGAUUCGAUCAAGCGACCAGAGAAAGUAUUCAUCGCAGCAGUGCUUCGUCGGCCUUGGAACGCUCUAUUUAUUCGAAACAAUCUCCAGCUUCAUUUGGAUCGUCCCUGCCAUCGUUUGGUGGUGGACGACUCCAUGACACAGGCGUUGCUCUCGCUUCGUCCGCUGCUGCACCUCGUUCAGAGUCAUGGAGAAACCUAAGUAACGAGAAGUCCAGCGCUAUGUCGAAGCCUGCCUGGACUUCGACAGCGCCGCAUACGGAAUCUUGGCGAAAUAGUUCUGCAUCUGCCGGAAGUGAAAGUUGGAGAAACCUUAAAAAGGAUGUUCCGCAGAGCUCAUGGGUGAAAAGCACAAAUUUGAUUGGAGGUGCAAAUGUCGCUGGAGGUCCGAGUCCCAUGUCUAGAACUUUUGAUAGAUUCCCUACCUUUGGUGGUAGACCUCCGUUUGGAAGUGAACUCAACCGAGAUAUGAGACUUUUACGAUGUGGUAACAGUGAUGUAGAACUUCCAGAGCCAAACAUGCAUAUUGUAGAGCACACACCUUUAGCACGAAAAAAAACGGACUCGACCAAAUCCAUCCAUCCCCGUUUUGCGAUUCAUUGCCAGCAUGGCGUACUUUUACUCUAUCGUGAGACGUCAAGAGUGGUGAUGAGAAGCGGUCGGCAGGGUGUAUUUCCACCGCGCGACCGAUAUUUUGAUCGAAAUGUUGGCUUUUACCCUAGACGUGAAGACGGUCGGGGUGUGCGCAACGCUGCGGAUCCAUAUACGCGCGGAAAUCGUGUAGAGUCCGAUUAUUCGCGUUCUGGUCGCAAUGGAGGCUCCGAGAGAGACGUAUCUGAUCGUCGCAUCAUCGGCGGCUUUGCAGAUAUAAGCGAGAGGAAGGUCGACCAGUACAGCAACAAUAGAGCGGGACCGUCUUACAGAGAAAGAGAUUACGCUAAUCCUGUGUCAAGAAUACUUCCUGCUGUUCCUGAAAAUGGCGCUCGUCGUUACAAUUACUUUGACGAGUCUCGCAUGAAAUCCACUUCGCAACCAAACCCAUACAGUCGAGACUCUCGUGGUCGCGAAUCUCGAAAUGGGUACGGGUAUGCACCUCGAGAAAGCGAGAGGAGCUCUUCUUCUCUGCCAGGCCCCUCAACGUUAUCACGCGAAACGCGAGAACUUGAACAAAGAAUGGCAGCCAUUCAAAGGGAACUUGACAUGCUUGACACUGACAAAAAGGGCAAUCGAAGUCCUGGACGUGGUUCAAGAAGAGAAAGAGAAAGAAGACCAUACGAAGAAGCUCGUUCAUCUAUUAGAGCGCCAGCUGCACCAUAUCCGCCGCCCCGAAUUGACUCCGUUGAACGAGCAAGACUGGAUCGUGAACGAGAGCAGCUAAGAAAACGCGAAAUGGAGCUUGCGCGUCGAGAAGAAGAACUAGCUCGUAAGGAACGACGAAUGCGAGAGAGGUCUCCUCCACGUCCUCUGAUGGAGCUGCCGCGGGAAAGAACGCCACCACGUCUGCCAGUAUUGCCUCCUCAAAGAAAAGGGACGUUCCCAAAGACUCGCCGAUUUCUCCGAACUCUACCUUCUUGGAGACGUCGACAAAUUAGGAAACGCGAGCAACGUGCGUUGGACAAUCUUGAAAUCAUCUUGCCAAGGAAGAGAGGUAUCUCUCGUACGGAAGAUUUUCUUAUGAGUGAAGAGUCGACUAUUGCACCGAAAAAGAGAAAAGAAGCGAAACGAGAAUUCAAGGAUGAAGGAAAAGAAGAGGUACCCACAGACAAACCUGGGAGAAAGAAAGGAAGAUGUAGGGGGAAAGCUGUUGACCAUAUCGUAAAUGUGGCUCUUGGACAAGAGAAUCCUAAUGAGUACGUUCCACCAAGGCAGCGUGCUCUUGCUGUGUUGUUCGGCCACUGUGACAAGAGUUUAAUGUCUGCCGAGGUUUUGAGGAGGUUUGGUGUUGUUGAAGCAAAGACUGAACCGGUUGAGAAAGAUGCAUACAAAAAGCGAACGUGCAUCCGUACGUACAAUCCAACAACAUACGGUCCUCUAGAUCAAUUUGUACCUCUACGAAGCUUUGAAGAUGAGGUUAUUUUGGAGCCUUCUGAUUCAGAAAAUGAUAAGAUUUUGGAAAACAUGAAAGCCAUCCUGGGAUUUUUCCCAAAAUCUCCAGAACAUGAGCAUUCAUCAUCUGAUCGGUAGACUACUGAUAUUUUUUACUGGUUCUUUUGUGUUUCACUCGUUCUUUUAUAUACUUUUGUCGCAUCAUAUCGCAGAUUUUUUGGAGUUCUGACAGCAUUGUCACUUUUGACAGUUUUCGCAAUCCACAGGAGUUCCAAUGUUUAUUUUUAUUAAACGACAUAGAAGAUAUAUUUGGUACCUUUACUGAGUUAUUUUUUGUGUACUUUCACUUUUUUCAUGCCACUUUUCUACAUUUUUAUUAGAGUUAUUUCUUGUUUUUAUUGAGUGUUGCGUAUGAGCUUAUCGUAAAACCGUAAGUUCAUUAGCUUUACCUCAUCUUCCAUAUUUGUAAAUGUUUUUAAGGGGAUUGCGCAAUCGUUAUGUGCAUAAAUUCUUUUUCUUAUAUGUUUGACAUGU